AUGUCUCUCGAUUUCGAAACGGCUUUGCUACGUUUUCAACCUAGUCUUGGUCUAAUUAGCACAUUCAAAGGGUCCUGUCUGUCACAGGAUGGCAUGUCGCCAUCCCGCCAAACAGCCAAACAGCCAAAUUCCAGCACAUGCCGGCCGCCAAAACGAUACAGGCCUCCUACAAUUCCUCUUUCUAGUGCAAAGAGAACCGAUAGAGCAGAAUCGCAUUUGCCAGUGAACUCAACCGUUUUGCCUAUAAAUGGUUUUUGUACCAUUUGCGACUAUCUGCAAGCCUACGCCAUAACGACAGCCCCUUUGGGUUACUUUGGUGACCCAGUGCCCGACAGUCGAAUGCCAUCUGGAGCAGUGAACAAACCUGGGAACCAAAGUCCAGCAUGGUUGCUACAAGUUCGCCCGUCAGGCGUCAGAUGGUCGAGGAACUCAUCGCUAUAG